AAGUUAGUGUAUCGACAAAUUUCGAUCCUCUCUCUUCCUCGGUUCCGCCAUCUCCGACGCAACCCCUUUCUCUCUCAAUCUCUCCACAUUCGAUGAUUCUGCGCGCUAUAUAAUCAUCCAAGAAUUAACACUGACCCAAUCUCGUCUGGAUAUCGCUUGCAGACCGGGAAGCGAAGCUGUGAUUGGGGAAAAGCGGAUCUGGUACGGGCCGGAAGUUGAAGCAGGAUGAGCGCGGAUCUGGUGGCGGCGUCCACGCAGGGAAACCUGGACGAGCAGAUUGCUCAGCUCAUGCAAUGCAAACCCCUAUCUGAGCCCGAGGUUAGAGCCCUAUGCGAAAAGGCUAAGGAGAUACUUAUCGACGAAAGCAAUGUGCAGCCUGUCAAAAGCCCUGUAACAAUUUGCGGUGAUAUUCAUGGCCAAUUUCAUGAUCUUGCUGAACUUUUCCGCAUUGGAGGAAAGUGUCCAGACACAAACUAUUUAUUUAUGGGAGAUUACGUUGACCGAGGGUACUAUUCAGUUGAGACUGUUACUCUUUUAGUGGCAUUGAAAGUACGCUAUCCUCAGCGUAUUACCAUUCUUAGAGGAAAUCAUGAGAGCAGACAGAUUACUCAAGUUUAUGGGUUUUAUGAUGAAUGUCUCCGAAAGUAUGGAAAUGCUAAUGUCUGGAAGAUAUUUACCGAUCUGUUUGACUAUUUCCCUCUGACUGCUUUGGUCGAAUCUGAAAUCUUUUGUCUCCAUGGUGGACUCUCCCCAUCCAUUGAAACCUUAGACAAUAUAAGAAACUUUGACCGGGUUCAAGAAGUUCCACAUGAAGGUCCAAUGUGUGAUCUAUUGUGGUCUGAUCCUGAUGAUCGCUGUGGGUGGGGUAUAUCUCCCCGUGGUGCAGGAUACACUUUCGGCCAGGACAUAUCAGAGCAAUUUAAUCACACAAACAGCUUAAAGCUGAUUGCUAGAGCUCAUCAACUGGUCAUGGAAGGAUAUAACUGGGCCCACGAACAAAAGGUUGUCACUAUUUUUAGUGCACCAAAUUAUUGUUACCGGUGUGGGAACAUGGCUUCCAUAUUGGAAGUUGAUGAUUGCAGAGAGCAUACGUUUAUCCAGUUUGAACCAGCUCCGAGGAGAGGAGAGCCUGAUGUAACUCGGAGAACUCCUGAUUAUUUUCUCUAGAGCCAGCUCCAUGAUCAUUGGUAGUUUCGAAUUCUCUGCAAUCACAUUGAGCUCAAAGUCCUGGCAGGCCAUGUGUUGUUUCGAGCACGUGCAAGUCAAUCUUGGGAAGAGGUACCCACCCAACUUUCCUUCUCCGCCCACCCACCCAUCCACCCUAUAUUUUAGGGCACCUUAUAAAUGACAGGUUGAGUUAGCAAUGGAUUUGUGUGCAUCAUGUCCUGUAGUCCUCUCUUAAUUGUGUAUCACUUUCAUCUUCUUCUUCUUCUUCUUCUUCUCUCUCUGUUCUGUUCUGUUGUUUUUGUUUUUUCUUCGAUUCUUGGGACACAUGUUCUGUUCUAUAGAAUUCGAUUAUUAUAAGGUUGUCCUGCCAGCUGCUGUUGGAUCUUAUACUCGAGCUUGUUAAAUCGCUACAGGUUAUGUCUUAUCUUUGACACAUGAUGACAUUAUUGUUCAAAGAAAAUUAUGUUUGGAUUGGUAGACCAUA